AGCACACGGGGCCUCACCCAAGACCACCAAAAAAUGGCCACCUCACUAACCGCCACCCCGUCCCGCACGGCAACCCUCCUCAGCAACCUCACCACCGUCUCCCUCCGCAUCACCACCGCCACAACCACCUCCAGCCAGCCCAAAGAACCGCGCCUAGUAGCCGUCUCCAAACUCAAACCGGCCUCCGACAUCCUCGCCCUGCACACCGCCCCGCCCACUGGCGCAGGCCACCUGCACUUCGGCGAGAACUACCAGCAAGAGCUCCUCGAGAAGUCCCGGUUACUGCCGGGGACCAUAAAAUGGCACUUCAUCGGCGGCCUGCAGUCGAACAAAUGCGUUACGCUGGCGAGGGAGGUCCGCGGCCUGUGGGCGGUCGAGAGUGUGGACAGCAAGAAGAAGGCCUCGUUGUUGAACAAGGGGUGGGGCGAGCGCGCCCCCGCUCUGAGGGAAGAGGACCACGAGGAGCGGUUGCGCGUGUUCGUGCAGGUCAAUACCUCCGGCGAGGCGGAGAAAUCCGGGGUCGAGCCGGGCAGGGACGCGGUGGAGCUUUGUCAGUUUAUCCGGGAGGAGUGUCCGGGCCUCAAGUUGGCGGGGGUGAUGACUAUUGGGGCGAUCGCGAGGAGUCGGGCGGUGAAGGAGGGGGAGGAGAAUGUGGAUUUUCUGGCGUUGAGAGGGGUGAGGGAUGAGGUUGUGCAGGGGUUGGGGUUGACGGCGGAAGAGGGCUUGGAGUUGAGUAUGGGGAUGAGUGAGGAUUUCGAGGGCGCGAUUAGGUUGGGGAGUGAUGAGGUUAGGGUUGGGACGGGGAUCUUUGGCGAGAGGCCGCCGAGGGAGGAGGCGAGGGUUGUUUAGGGGG